CGGAAACUCCUGGCUGCGCUUGCGGCGCUCUCACUGAGCAUGUGCAGACGGCGUUGCGCAUGCCCCGUCGAGGUUCGGCUCGGUUUCUGUUACGAGGCUCGCGGUGUCUCCCCGCGCUACCGGAACUGUGCAGUCGUGGGGCUGGCUUCGCUCGCCUCCAGCGGCUGCGUCGAAGUCUCCGAGCCUCCCCAUCCCUCCUCCCCUCUUCAUCCCCCAGGCUCGGUUGGCCUUUCCCCGAAGCAGCCGUCAUGAGCGCCAGGCUGCCCGCGUUGUCUCCGCCGCGGCUGUUACUGCUGUCGCUGCUCCUGCUGGGAGCGGUCCCGGGCCCGCGCCGGGGUAGCGCCUUCUACCUUCCGGGCCUGGCGCCGGUCAACUUCUGCGAAGACAAGAAGAGCCACGAGUGCAAGGCUGAAAUAGAACUAUUUGUGAACAGGCUUGACUCAGUGGAAUCUGUUCUUCCUUAUGAAUAUACAGCGUUUGAUUUUUGCCAAGCAUCAGAAGGAAAACGUCCAUCUGAAAAUCUUGGUCAAGUAUUGUUUGGAGAAAGAAUUGAACCCUCCCCAUAUAAGUUUACAUUUAAUAAUGAGGAAACCUGUAAGCUUGUUUGUAUGAAGACAUACCAUACAGAGAAAGCUGAAGACAAGCAAAAGCUAGAUUUCUUGAAAAAAAGCAUGUUACUGAAUUAUCAGCAUCAUUGGAUUGUAGAUAAUAUGCCUGUCACAUGGUGUUACGACGUUGAAGAUGGUCAGAGGUUCUGCAAUCCUGGAUUUCCUAUUGGCUGCUACAUCACAGAUAAAGGCCAUGCAAAAGAUGCCUGUGUCAUUAAUUCAGAAUUCCAUGAGAGAGAUACAUUUUACAUCUUCAACCACGUUGACAUUAAAAUAUACUAUCAUGUUGUUGAGACGGGGUCCAUGGGAGCAAGACUGGUGGCUGCUAAACUUGAACCAAAAAGCUUCAAACAUACCCAUAUAGAUAAACCAGACUGCUCUGGACCUCCCAUGGAUAUAAGUAACAAGGCCUCUGGGGAGAUCAAAAUUGCCUAUACUUAUUCUGUUAGUUUCCAGGAAGACAAAAAUAUCAGAUGGGCAUCUAGAUGGGACUAUAUUCUGGAGUCUAUGCCUCACACCCACAUUCAGUGGUUUAGCAUAAUGAAUUCCCUCGUUAUUGUUCUCUUCUUAUCCGGAAUGGUGGCCAUGAUUAUGUUACGAACACUGCAUAAAGACAUUGCCAGAUACAAUCAGAUGGAUUCUACAGAGGAUGCCCAGGAAGAAUUUGGCUGGAAACUAGUUCAUGGUGACAUAUUCCGUCCUCCCAGAAAAGGAAUGCUUCUGUCAGUCUUCCUAGGAUCUGGGACACAGAUUUUAAUUAUGACUUUUGUGACUCUAUUUUUUGCCUGCCUGGGGUUUUUGUCCCCCGCCAACCGAGGGGCGCUGAUGACGUGUGCUGUUGUAUUGUGGGUGCUGCUGGGCACUCCUGCAGGCUACGUUGCGGCCAGAUUCUAUAAGUCUUUUGGAGGUGAGAAGUGGAAAACAAAUGUUUUAUUGACAUCAUUUCUUUGUCCUGGGAUCGUGUUUGCUGACUUCUUUAUAAUGAACCUAAUCCUCUGGGGAGAAGGAUCAUCGGCGGCUAUUCCCUUUGGCACACUGGUUGCCAUACUGGCCCUGUGGUUCUGCAUAUCUGUGCCUCUGACAUUUAUUGGUGCAUACUUUGGUUUUAAGAAGAAUGCCAUUGAACACCCAGUUCGAACCAAUCAGAUUCCGCGUCAGAUUCCUGAACAGUCUUUCUACACAAAGCCCCUGCCUGGUAUUAUCAUGGGAGGGAUUUUGCCCUUCGGCUGCAUCUUUAUACAGCUUUUCUUCAUUCUGAAUAGUAUUUGGUCACACCAGAUGUAUUACAUGUUUGGCUUCCUGUUUCUGGUGUUUAUCAUUUUGGUUAUUACAUGUUCUGAAGCAACUAUACUUCUUUGUUAUUUCCACCUAUGUGCAGAGGAUUACCAUUGGCAGUGGCGUUCAUUCCUCACCAGCGGCUUCACUGCAGUGUAUUUCUUAAUAUAUGCGAUACAUUACUUCUUUUCGAAGCUGCAGAUCACAGGAACAGCAAGUACAAUUCUGUACUUUGGCUAUACCAUGAUAAUGGUUUUGAUCUUCUUUCUUUUUACAGGAACUAUUGGCUUCUUUGCAUGCUUUUGGUUUGUUACCAAAAUAUACAGUGUGGUAAAGGUUGACUGAAGAAGCCCAGUGUGUCCAGUAAAAACAGAAAUAAAAUUCUUCAUCAACAAA